CCCCCGCCCCUUUCUGAACGAUAAUACCCCCCCAUCCAGCUCAACGCGCAAUCUAAUCAACGAAGCCACUCCAGCUUCUUCAUCUCUUAACUAAUCCAUCACUAUCGAUUAUAAUUACAUCCCCCUAAUCAACCAAUCUAUCAACAUGUCUGAAGUCCAGAAGCCCGUCGAGGAGACUCCUGCGCCUGUCGCUGCUCCCGUCAUCGAAGCGCCCGCUGCCACUGAGGUCGCUGCCCCCGAACCUGUCGCGGUGGAGGCUCCUAAGGAGACCCCCGCUGAAGCUACUGAGGCCACCCCCGCUGCUGCUGCUGCCGCUGCUGCUGCUGAGGAGCCCAAGGCCGAUGCUCCCGCUGAGGAGCCCAAGGAGGAGGCCAAGAAGGAGGAAGUGACCCCCGCUUCGGAGGGAGUUCUCGGUUACAAGGCCCCUGGUCUGGUCAAGGGUCUGCGUUUCGCCAAGCGCUUCUUCUACUUCCACGAUGAAGCCGUCGAGGCCAAGCAGCUGUCUGCCUUCCACCAGAACGAGAAGCCUGUCGUCGCCAACCCUAUCGCCGCAUGGGCUAGCCAGACCGGCAAGGGUCUCCUUUACUUCACCAAGCGCGCCGAGGACAAGGCUACCCCAGCCGGUAUCUUCAACUUGUCUGAGGUUUCCGAUAUUGCCAAGGAGGGCGCCAGCGAGUUCCACUUCAAGGUCAACGGUCACAAGCACACCUUCCAGGCCACUAGCGGCACCGAGCGUGACAGCUGGGUGCUUGCCCUCGAGACCAAGGCUGCUGAGGCUAAGGCUGAGAAGGAGACCAUCGUCGCCAGCGAGGGUUACAAGGCUGAGCUGGAGAAGCUGAACAAGCCUGCCGUCGCCGAGCCCGCCAAGAAGGCUGCUGAACCCAAGGAGGAGACUGCUGCUGCUGAGGACCACAAAGAGGAGAAGGCUACCGCCAAGAGCCGCUCGCAGUCUCGCAAGCGCGCUAGCAUCUUCGGUACCCUCUUGGGUAAGAAGGAAGAGGCCGAGGAGAAGAAGGAAGAGCAGAAGGAGGAGAAGGCUGAAGAGGCCAAGCCUGCCGAGGCUGCCACCGAAGCCCCCGCUGAGGCCCCUGUUGAGGCCCCCGUUGCGGCCCCUGCGGCUGCCGUUGAGGAGCCUGAGGUUCCUGCCACUGCUGUCCCUGCCCCUGCUGAGACCAGCGACAAGAAGGAGGAGGAUAAGGAGGAGAAGAAGGCCGAGGCUCCUGUCGCUCAAAAGUCCAAGCGCGCCUCCCUUUUCGGCAAUUUCUUCCAGAAGGUCACCAGCCCCUCUCACGAGAAGUCUGAGAAGGAAGCUGCCGCUCCCGUGGAGUCUCCCGUGGCCAGCACUGCUCCCCAGCUCGACAACCCCGUGGAGGAGGCCAACGUCAAGCCCAUCGAGCCCGAGACUGUGACUGCUGCUGCUGACGCCGAGGCUGCCAAGGAUGCCACUCCUGCUGCUUCCCCCGCUGCUCCUGAGACCCCCAAGAACAGCCGCCGUACUUCCUUCUUCGGCAACUUUGGCAAGAAGAAGGGCGACUCUGACAACGAGGGCGCCGACGGCGAGGCCAAGCCAAAGGGCAACAAGCUGGGCGGUAUCUUCCGCAAGCCCAGCAAGGCUGUGAAGACCGAGGUUAAGGAGACCACCACCGAAGCUGCUCCUAAGGAGGCUCCCGUCCAGGAGUCGCCCGCUGAAGAGAGCGCCCAGGCUGUUGAGGCUCCUGCUGCCACUGAGGAGACCGCUCCUGUCAACAAGGUCCCUGCCUCCACCCCUGUUCAGGCUGCCGCCUAAACGGUCUGUGUGCUGGCUUGAGCAACAUGUAACUUGUCUGCGGCCCUGUGACCCAGACAUUUGGGGAGAAAGUUUCGAGAAAAAAAAAUCUGCUACUUUGGCUUAACGUUGAUACUACCGCUUGACUCCUUCAUGGUACGCCUUGGUCGAUCUAUCGGCAAGGUGAGCCAUGUCGAGUGUCAAUGAUACCCUCUGCUGCUUUGGCGGUUAUUUCCGAGCCUUGAUGUCUCUUCUGGCGUCUUGUGCUGCGUUUCAUUCGUUUAUGAUAUCCGUUCCGCAAGGAUACCCAUCGGGCCUUGUGUGAUCAUGUUGUGCACCGUCCAAACUAGAUUGAUACCACCUGCUGCUCUUUUUCUUUGUGCUUCCCGCGAUUUGAUUGUGACUGCCAUUUGAUGCAUUUGACUGG